CUCACAUCUCCGAAAUCGCUUUCGUCAUCAAUAUCCAGCAGGCAAAAUGCCGAAACGUCAGUUAUCUUAAUGAGAUACAACCAAAGACCCACCAAACUCAAAGUACAACAGAUUGAUGACGAAAAGCAGUCCGUAAACAGUACUCAGAAACCUCAGUAAGGAGAUACAAUGUGAGCUCGCAAAGUCUCGAUUGUUAGGCAUCUACAAGAUUUCACGUAUCUGUGAGACAUUGUAUGUUUCGGCCUCUAGUAAUGGAGAAUGGGAUCUGCCUAAACAUCACUUCCACAGGAAGAUCUCUAGAAGCAGCAUGCCGCCCGUAGAUUCAUUUGAUCGACGUUAUGGCCUCCUCCCUACGGAGAUCUUCACAUCUCCACAUCCCAGUGGGACGGCCACCAAGCCCCGCAAGAGACGUAAGAAGCUACAAGCGAUCGUCUGCAUUCUUUUUGUGGAGCUGUUCGAGAGGUUCACCUUUUUUGGGAUUGUUUGCAACAUGAUCCUUUUCUGCACCAUUAAGCUGGGAUAUAGCAAUUACCAAGCAGCCAUGGUAAACACGUGUUUUGUGGGAGCCAGCGUUCUCACACCUGUUCUUCUGGGAUGGUUCGCUGAGACGUGUUUGGGAAGGACCACAGUUUUGUUUUUGUGUGCUUUCCUUCAUUUCUUUGGCACUGCCAUGCUUCCAGUCGUCGCCUUCCCUUUUGAGGAUUUCUAUAUAAACACGCAUAAUAUCGUGCAUCAGCUUGAGCCUCAUGAGCAGCGCAUCCUUUUCUACACAGGGCUUGUUGCUGUGUCUCUUGGCAUCGGUGGCAUCCGUGCCAUCCUUUGCCCGUUGGCAGCCUAUCACCUUCAAGGUUGUGAACGACACCAACUUUUGUCCUUCUUCAACUGGUUUUACUGGUUAGUCAACCUGAAUUCAAUGGUUGUGAUUUUGGGGAUCGCCUACAUUCAGCAGUCAGUGGCCAAAAACUUGUGCUUUCUCAUUCCGUUCACCUCAGUUCUUCUGGCUCUCGUCGCCAUACAUAUGGUACGCAGCAAGCUCACCUUCCAUCCUAAAAAAGGUAGCUCCUUGCUAACUACGUUCGGGGUGUUCCUGAACUCUCUAAAAAUGUGUUGCCUUCAUUAUCGCCAUUUAAGUGGAGAUGUUGCCAACUGGCUAGACCGGGCUAAAGAAAACAACGGUGGCUGUUACAGUGAGACCAGUGUGGAAAACGUAAAGAUCCUGGUCAAACUGUUUCCUCUGUUUGGACUUCAACUUUUAUACCGUGCUUGCAUUACUCAGAUUCCGUCGGGCUAUUAUCUGCAGACGAUGCACUCAAACUUGAAACUCGAUGGCUUUAUCCUGCCAGUAGCAAUUAUGAAAGUGAUCAGCAUACUGCCCGUGUUGAUCUUAGCACCACUGCUGGAGCUUCUGAACACCUGCUAUCAGUCUCCAAAGAAACUACUUCCCUCUCCAACUACAUUUAUAACUAUGGGCCACGCUUGUGCCGCUCUCUCAGCAUUACUGGCAGGAAUCUCAGAGAUCCAUAGAAAGGAUUACCCACAGGUGGAGCAGACACUCUCAGGCAAGGUCCUCCAUGUGUCCUCCAUGAGAUGUUUCCAGCUUACUCCACAAUACAUUUUACUGGGUGUGGCGGAGGCCUUCGUGACACCAGCAUGCUGCCUCAUCUCUUUCUGCCUAACUCCCAGUAAUCUCAGAGGCGUCUCCCUGCAUUUCCUAACCCUCUCGUAUGGAGGUGGGUGCUUCCUAGGAGCUUUCCUCAUUCAGUUCCUUUAUUUUGUGUCAGGAGGAAACUUCUAUCCGAAUAACCUCAGCACUGGCAAUAUGGAUAGGUUUUUCUUUACACUGGCUACAUUAAUGACUAUAAACACACUGGUGUUUUGGAGAAUAUCACGGAGGUACGCAGAUUUGAGCAUGGAGUUGAAUAGUGGGGCAGGACAAAGUCCCCUAUCUGAGAAACUUCUCCAGUAUAAGGCCUGUCUUCGUUUUUAUGACACAGUGGAGCGAUUUGAAACUUCAACCUCAAUGGAAACUGUGCUAUGAUCUCACCAUACACACCGAAUCUGUAACGCUGGCGUUACACAUCAGAGACUUUUUAGUUGAAUCUGCUCACCUGGAAAUAGAGCAGUGCCUGUAAAUAGCUGCAUGAUCACGUUGAAUGUAUAAGAAAAAUCAGCUAUUGUAUAAUUUAUUUAUUUUAUGAUAUUUUAUGAAUAGCUCAUUAUGAAGAGAAAAUGUUUUUGCUG